UCCUUUCUACAUCGUUAUGUAAUCUCGCGGCACUGCUUUUUCUUGAAGAAUUGCCUACCGAUUCUUGAGCUUGGUCCUCAUUCUCUAAUAUAUCUUUCGGAGAAUUUUUCUUGGUUCUUCCCUGGCUGUUUUUACCCUCUUCCCCAGAGUCUGACAUUCCUGCCAGGGAAACUCCAAAUUAGUAUUCAAAAUUAUAUUCUAUGUGUAAACACACCCCCUAGAAAAUCCCCAGCCACUAUGAACUGCAAACUCCGACGUCUGGAUCUGCUACGCAAUGGGCAAAAGUCGGACUGUGAGCUGCAUGUCUGGCAUUUGGACAAGGUGAAGGGUAAGCGCUGUCAGCGUAUAUUCCGGUGCCACCAGGUGAUGCUCGUCUCCGCCUCCGAGGAAUUCGAGCGGCUGAUCAAGGAUCCCGUAUUCAAGAAUAACAAAAACGUGAUUAACGUUGAGGAUGCCUCCCCCACCGCCUACGAGGCACUGCUCCUAUAUAUCUACACUUACGAGGUCUGCAAUGCAGUCACAAUCGAAAUGUGUGGUGACCUCAUGCUCCUGGCCAAGAGGUAUAAGAUGCUAGACUUCAUCGACUGUUACAUCGACAAAUUGGCCAAUCAAGAUUGGCCCAUGGAGGUUAUUCUGCAGGUAUUCCAUCUGGCCAGUGAGCACAACCAUCCCGCUUUAAUGAAUCUGGUGGCAAAGAAAAUCAGGCCCAUUGCCACGCAAGUUCUCAAGGAUAACUCGUUUCUAACUUUGAGUAUAAAAGAGCUUAAAACUCUAAUGAUCAUCUUGAAGAAAGAGGGUGCUCUUUCCGACCAUCAACUACUGGAAUCCCUGAAGAACUAUCAGGAGGAAAACAACAUCCGCUAUAACAAUAUGGAGCAAUUUCAGCUGUUUGUGGAUGUGACCCAAAUGUUCAAAAAUGUUCUUUUUGAAGUGGAUGGCACUCUUGUCCUACCCGAAGAGGAAACUGUAAGGAACUCAACACGAGAAGCAGGCUCGAACACGUCAUUUUACAAUGGAAAAUAAUUAUACGCAAGAUUACAUACAU